GACGUUAAAGCUCCUUGAGAUAGUCCGUGUUUUGUCGCACUUCUAAUUUUUAUGUUCACCGGUGCUAACAAGACGUCAAUGGAAAAUUUUGAUUUGUUCAAGGUGAUACCACUUCAGUCACCCGUUUUCCAGUCAGGCAUUACCAACUGUCGCUCUGCUUAAACUGUCCUCGCCCAACCCAAUCUGUGGUGCAUCGUGUGACUUUUAAAAUAAUACAACCAAAACAAAGCAGAGGGGAGGAUCCGUCUUGGCCUGGUCGCGGCUCUCUUCACAACUCAACAACAGCUGCAGAGCAUAAUACAAAACAGAAUUAAAAUCAGAUCCAUAUUAAGGCCACCUGUAUUCUAUCAUACAUACGUGGUCGGGAUGUCAAAUUCCCGAAAAUGGGGCAACGUCAGCUCCAAAAAACCUAGCAAAGGAAAGGUCGUUCAAAUUUAUGAAUCCUUUUUUAAGGGAGAAGAUCCUUCCGUUGGAAAUGAGCAUUUCUGGCACGAAUUUUUCCUCUUGAAGCCAAGUGUGUCUAAGCUGGAGUCUGAGCUUGCAAAACUGAAUGGCGAGCAGCUGACUCAGCUCAAAGACAAUUUAAAUCUCAUUUGUGUUCAGUGCAUUGACAUUUUGGAGGAUUCAUCCCAAAUUAGAAUAGCAGUUGCUCUGCAGACGCUAUGCACAAUUCUGAAGGCCAUCACCAGAAAAGCGGCUUCUGAAAGCAACCUGGACAUAGUCAACAUUUUGGUUGGACACGACUCUAGUAAAAAAUACAUUCCUCUACUUUUCGAACGCUGUAGCUCAAUCCUAUCAAGUAAUCCAAACAGCGAAAUCAAGAACCUUGCGUUGCGCUUGAUUCUCGCUCUGGCCACAGGAUCUGAAAACCUGAGUCAAAACACCAUUCUGGAGUAUUCUAUGAACUACACGAGUCAGGUCCUCUUUGAAGCUCUGGUCUACAUUCUUCAAGAUCCAGACACACGCCUUGCUCUUGGCCAGUUUGUGAUUCAACUUCUGACCUUAUUCGUGAACUUUAGCAAAUAUGAGGGAACAAAUCCAUUUGUUGUCCAACUUUCGAUUUUGGACAUUGAAUUGGCCUUAAUAGGAUACAGCCAGGUGAUCACCAACCAUUUAGCAGACUUCUGCUGGCAAUAUACCACACAGAAUGCAGACACCCACGCUGGAGGAUGGUUUUCCUCUCUUACCAACAUGGUUGGAUCUAUGUUUGUGUCUGAUGAAGGAUCAUGCAGAAAUCAACAGUUGAAGAAUCACAACGCCAUCCUUUUGGCUCUGUACGAAGCUGUGCACCUCAACCGAAACUUCAUUACAAACUUAGUUCAAACGCAAGCUGACACGAGCAGCCCUCCCUCUCCAACAGCCACUCUGGACAACAUCAGAGCCUCCGCAGAGAGUAACCAGGCCCCAUCUCAGAUUCACCUCAUGGCAAAUCCUGCUUCUCAGCCCACAAGUCUCUUGGCCACGUUCAUAGAGUAUUGUUCAAUCGUGACCCAGGACACAAAACCAGACACCCUUUUCAACAACGGCAAGCUUUGUCUCCUCAUUCUAACCUGUAUUUCUGAGGACCAAUACGCAAACUCACUGAUGCACGAUCCCAACCUGGUCUACAAAGUUCAGCUGCACCGAUCUCCGAUGCGUCACAGGAAAAUCCCUUCAGAUCCGUCACUUCCUGCUCAACCUUUGGCAUGUGCUAUGCUAGAUUUUGUCGUAGAGUUCAUCACAAGUCACAAAAUGAAGCGCUUCCCCAUGGAACUGUAUCUUCUAAGUAUUGGAAUCGCCCAAAGACUAGUGUGCUAUCAAAAGAGGUGCAGAGUACGACUUUCGUACCAGUGGCCUGAGUUGUGGAAGUCACUUAUUGCCUUACUGAGGUUUCUCUUGUCUCACGAAGGGACCCUGGCCAAGAAGAUGAAUAUCUUCCAGUUAGCUUUGCAGGUGGUCAACAUUUUCAAUCUGUUCAUUACGUAUGGCGACACAUUCCUUCCCUCUCCAACAAGCUAUGAUGAACUGUAUUAUGAAAUGAUCAGAAUGCACCAAGUUUUCAACAACUUGCACGCUAUGGCUCUUCGCUACUCUUCAAUUGAAGGAGAGUUCAAAGAAUGGGCUCAGAAAUUAGCGAACAGCCUGGUUAAUGUCAGGGCAAUCACAAGCCAUUUUGUACCAAAAAUAAACACGUGGCUGACUGAUCAAGGACUGUCAACGCCUUCCGAGGACCAGAUUUUAGAAGUUGUGAGAUGCAACUAUGAUAGUCUGAUGCUGAAGCUUCAAGAUAACUUGGACCACUACGAGAGAUACUCUGAGUCACCUCAUCAUGAGAGCUUUUUCUAUACAAUGGUCCAAACUGUAAUCAGUGACAUCAAUCAGAACAUUGAUUUCACUCCAGAAGAGAGCGUGCAGAAAGUUUUCCAAGACUUUGCUUCUGUAUCGUAAUGUGAAUUAUUUUUAGUUUAAGUUUAGUUGUUGUGGUCACGUUUCUUCCAAUUGAGUGAUUAUUUUUCCAAAUCUGAUAAAUGUGUCAAGAACAGAUUUUUCUUAUAUUUAUCUUAAUCAACCAAUCAAUCGACAAUUGUUAUAAAAAUAUUGUACUUCACCUUAACUUGAUGACUUACUUGAGUUAAUUUACAAGAGCAGCCAAGAACUUCUACUUAUAAGAAUUCUGAGGUUCAAAUAAAACAAAUCUGAUUUUUGGCAGCUAAA